AUGCAAAUCCUGGUUAAGACUUUAGUUGGCAAGACUUUAAACUUCACCAUCGAGCCUUCAGACUCAAUUUUAAGCCUGAAGGAAAAAAUUUGCAUUGAAGAAAAGGUUGAAAUUUUAGCUCAAGUCCUUAAAUUCAGGGACGUAGCUUUAGAUGAUAACCAAACCUUCGGAUUUUAUAGCAUAGAAAGUGAUGCAGUUGUGGAGCUAUCAGUAAUUGGGGAAUUAGCUGUCUCAGUAGAAUUGCCCUCAGGAGGAAUUAUAUCAAUAUCAUCUAAUACUACAGAGACUGUUAAGGAAUUGAAGAAAAAAUCCAAAAGGCAGUUUGGAGUAAAAAUCAGACACCAGCAUCUAUAUUUCAGUGGUAAAGAGUUAAAAGGAGAUAGAAAACUGCAAGACUUUGGCUUGUUUCAAGGAAACUUCUUAAAACUAGCAAUAGUUGAUGAUGAAAAGUUAGGGAAAAUUCUUAACUCCCUCCGUGAGCGAACAAAAAAAUCUUGUUCGCUAGCGGAGGGGGUUUAUUUUUUUUUUAAAAAAUUUAUAUAGCAAAUAUUAAUUUAAUUUGUAAAAUUUUGUUUUAAAACGUAAUUUGUUUAAAAUUAGACAGAAUUACCUAGAGAUUUCAUUAUACUAAUUUAUCACUUAUAUAUAAAAUUUUUUUUCCCAAAAAAAAUUUUUGUUCACUCACGGAGGGUGGACUUUUGGUCAAAAAAUGCCGAUUUUUCUAAUGGUUUUGUUCGCUCACGGAGGGGGAGUAAGAAAUUAUAUAAGUGGGACGAUGAUUUAAUUUUCCCAAUAAAUAUUAACGAACUUUUGAAACAAUGGGAAAACCAAGCUCAAAUUAUUUUUGAUCAAGCAGGGAUUGAUUUCGAUAAAGAAAGCACUAUUUACUCCAUUGCAAAAUCAAGCACUUUUAGCCUAGCUUAUCAGCUGAAUCUUGAUGCAUUAAAAUCAAGUUUAUUUGGCCAAUCCAAAGCUAUCUCAAACGAUAUUUUCAAAACAGCAGAAAAUCAGCCUGAAGACCUACCAGGAUUUUGCAGCUUUGCCAAUAAUAUUUCUAAAGCCGCCUCUGAUUUGCUUUCUAGCUUUCUAGAGCAAUACGCCACUACUCCAAAUGAUGACAUAAAAAAAGAUAUUGACUUUAAAACUAUAUGAAUAUACUUAAAAUGGAGAUGACUUCUGACUAGUCCUCUCGUGCAAUAGUAGCCUAUUUAUAUCUGGGUAUGGCUUCUGAGAGUUCUUCAGCAAAAUCUGGUGUUCUGCGGCGAAGGACUUAAGCACAAAUCCGCUGGUUUGUGGCCUUAUACAAUGGACAGUUACUCAUAACUUUUUUCUCAGCAGCACCUGAGCAAGGGGGCGCCCGAAAUAGAGCAGGGCGAAUUAUCUGCAGUCUGCUCCGAAUCGUGGAAGCGAUUGAUUUUAAUUCAGGGAUGACCUGGGAAAAGAGAGGUACGCUAGACAGUAAGUUGGUCUCUCGUUAAAGGGCUCUAAACAGGAGCAGCACCGGCCAAGGGUGAUAGGCAAAGCGGAGUAAUUAGGCGAUCGAAGGAACCAAGUUGGAUAUGGUGGUGCCCAGCGAAGGUCUUUAACCCAAGAGCUCAAUACACCUACUGAUAAACCAGUGGUUCGGCCUGGACUUGGAUUUUUCAGACUGAAAGCCACCAAAUUCUAAUGUGCCAUCAGGCUGCUAGCGCCGCAAGAAUUCCUCCAGUAAUAGUAGAGACUAUAAGCAUCCAGCAUCAUCUAUUUAAUCUAAAACUAUAUUGAAAGACUUAGACGGGAGAAUUAAUCGAAGACUAAAAGAAAAAUACCCACAAUUUGUAAAAGGGAUAAAGACAGCAAUUAUUAAUAAUCAAGAAAUAAAAAAUAACGAAAAUGUCACAGUUGAGCACCCUAAGCCAAUAAAGAGAAAAUAUAAGAAGCUGAGAGCUGCUAAGGCAAAAAAUUAUAGUUUAGAAGAAAGAGAAGCUAUCAUUAAAGAUUUUCUCCAUCAGUUGGAGGAUGGCAGUCUUCAAUUGUUUGAUCACUCUUUAGCUCCUAAUAAUAUCAGAGUUGCAAUAGCAAAUUUUGCGAGCCAGUUCUACCCUCAUGAAGUGCCUAUAGCAGAGCUAGAAAUCUUAGUCAGUUAUCUAUCUCUUACUCCAGAAAUCGUUACUCAGCUGUUUUCCAAAAAAUUGCCUGCCGUUCCUCAGUAUUCUGCUGCAGAAAUAGAUAAAGCUACUGGAGUCCCUGAACGACUUUUUAUAGCACUUUGUAUUCUUCUAGUGUUUUCUAAUGCUCAUGAAGCUUUACUUCCUAAUAUUCAGCAUACAAGAAAUGGGAAAUAUUCAGGUGUGUAUAGAGAAUGGAUAAGAAAAAUUGUCCACGGCUUUGAAGAGUCAUUGAAAUUGAAAAAUAAAUGGCAAGAUUUAUUGUUAUCAGAGCAAAUUCUAGCUAACUCCUUUAGUAAUAAGGAAUUUCUUGCUUAUUCGUGGGGUUUUAGCAAAUAUUUUUAAAUCGUAAUAUAAUCGAAAUUUGAGGGCGAUUUUCAGUUAAAAUGUCAAAAUGCAAAUUAUGGGAAUUUUACACCAAUAACAAGCAAACCCUUCAAAUAAGCAAGAAAUUGCUUAUUACUGGAGAGAGUAAAGAAUUAUUAGAGAAAAAAAAGCAAGGCUGGGUAUUUGAUUUUUCAAGCGUGGAUUUUAGAGAAGCAUUUAAAGCUGCAGCAGAGCGCUCUGAAGAGUCUAAGGUUGGGGAUUCUUUAAAGGUUUAUGAGGAGGAGCUUUCAUUUGGGACUUACCAUAUUGAAAGAAUAAUUGAUAAGUCAAGUCUUCAUAUAACUAUUGCUAUUCCUGGAUGACUUUCUAAUAGUGUCGAUAAGACAGCUAAAGGCUAUCAUUGGAGGUGGCUCGUUGCGGACCCAAAUCAAGGGUUAAGCUAUUCUUUAAGAUGGGAUGCAAGCAAUGACGAAGAAGCUAAGAUGAACACCAGGGAGUUCAGAAGUGACUGGUUUUGGAGCAUCACUUCAGGGAUUUCAGAGUUUAUUAAUACGUCUACAAAAAGUCCUUUUAAUACUAGUGCAAAACAAGCUGAAGCUACAGGCAUCAUGCUUGCUGACUUAAUUAGCCGCGGGGUCUUCAAUAACUUCAGUAUCUCCCUUAUAGGCUACUCACUUGGAGCACGAAUAAUCCAUUGGUGCUUAAAAGAGCUUGCCAAGAUAAACCCUGACAUCCAAACUAUCCACGACGUCUACCUUCUAGCCGGCGCCACUCCAAAUGAUCCAGAAACUUUUGCAGAAUGCAGAAAAAUCGUGAAAGGCCGAUUUGUCAACUGUUACAGCCACCUGGACUCCACCCUUGGAGUUGCCUAUACAAUGGCAAUCCGCCAAAUCCCAGUCGGCCUCGGAGUAAUUGACGUAGAAGGCAUAGAAAGCAUUAACUGCACCUCAGUGUGCCAUUCCCAUGCCGAUUAUAGAGAAAAAUUAAAUCAAGUGCUGGAAAAGAUUAAUUAUAAUCUUUAA